AUGGAAAAAUCUAGGAAGAAAUUUAUUGAUGUGAUAGAUAAGGCAAUAGUUGCUGGUAAUGCAAUGGACCGUGAUGAACUACUUUUUUCUUACAAGGGGAUUCUCUACCCUGUUGCUUUUUGCAGUCUUGAAGUGUUCAGAGCCAUGGAGUCCUUUGAAGCCAGAAGUGAUGAUGUCAUUUUGGCAGGAUAUCCUAAAUCUGGUACAAACUGGGUAGGUCAGAUCUUAAGUGAUCUGGUGGCCACAUUUGAAAAAAAAAGACUUGAUAAAGAAAAAAGUGUUAAUGAUGAAGAGCUAGAAGAAUUUCCGUAUCUUGAAAUUGGAGAUACUGAGAAAUAUGAGCGAAUGAAGAAGUUACCUUCUCGAAGAGUUAUAUUAACUCAUCUUGCUCCUGGCAACCUUCCAAAGUCUAUCUUCAAAAAUAAAGCCAAGAUAUUGCUACUGAUUCGCAAUCCAAAAGACGUAGCUACAUCAUUUUUCCAUUUUUCCAAUGCCUUGUCAGCUCUACCUUCCUAUGAGACCUGGGACAAUUUCUUCGUAUCUUUCAUGGCAGAGAAAAUGCCCUGGGGAUCCUACUUCAAUUACCUUUCUGAAUGGAACAAAUAUGCUGCUGAUGAAAAUGUUAUGACAAUAACAUAUGAAGAACUAAAAGAGAAUCGAGCCCUGGGAGUGAAAAACUUUGCCUCUUUCCUUGGGAUUUCCCUGACUGGGGAAGAGCUUCGGAGUGUGGUAGAGAGAAGCAGUUUCCAGUCCAUGAAGGAGAACUCUCUGAAGACCCAUGGGGCUCUGGGCCGCAUGCUCUUUCGCAAAGGUGGUGUAAGUGACUGGAAGAAUCUUUUCAAUGAAGAGCAGAAUCAGAAAAUGGACAAAGUAUUUGCAGAACGUAUAGCACGAACGAAACUAGGAGCAAAAUUAAAGUAUGAAGUGUACUGCAAAGCCUGA